GGUCCACAGAUAAAGCACCGGAGCCUGACGAGCAGAUCAGAGUCAGAAGCCAAACGGACAAAAUACAAAAUCAGGACCAAAUUUUUUUCUUUUUUUCUCUGCCAAACUUUGUCCUCCACAGUGUGAGAGCAAAUCUGAUUUUGAUGUUUAGCUGAUCACUCGUCCUCACCUUCUCUGCUUUCCUGGAUCCACACCGAGGACAGCACGUGAUGGUCAGAGCAGACAGAGAGACGUCUACCUGAGCAUGGAUCACCUGUUUGUGCUGCUGCUGCUGCUGUGGAGCUCAGGAGUCCAGGCUGAAGAUGAACAUGAGUCAGCAGAACCUGAUGAUAUCAGGUUGGUGGGAGGAGUCAGUCGCUGUGCAGGUACACUGGAGGUGAAACAUGAGGGAGACUGGAAACCAGUGCAUAUCCCUGACUGUACCUUGAAGGAAGCAGCUGCUGUCUGUGAACAUCUGGACUGUGGCUCUGCUGUUUCUGUAGAACAGUCCUCAGACAGCUCUGUGUGGAGGAUCAGUUCUACCUGUGUUCAGUCUGGAUCUGCUCUGAGGAACUGUGUAACAUCAGGAUACUCCUCCUCUGUCAUGGAUGUCUCCUGCUCAGACUCUGUCAGGCUGCUGAAUGGUUCCAGUCUGUGUUCAGGCAGACUGGAGGUGAAGUCUAACCAGAGCUGGUCCUCAGUGUGUGAAGCUGACUUUGACCAGCAGGAUGCAGAGGUGGUCUGUAGGGAGCUUGGCUGUGGGCCUCCUUCGGUCCUCCAGGGGGCGCUCUAUGGAGAAGUGGAGGCUCCGGUGUGGAGCAGAGAGUUCCAGUGUGGAGGCCAUGAGUCUGCUCUCCUGGACUGUAGAAGCUCAGGCUCAGCUAGAAGCAGCUGCUCACCUGGCAAAGCUGUUGGACUCACCUGCUCAGAACCUGUCAGGUUUGCAGGCCAAAACAGUCUCUGUGAAGGUAUCCUGGAGGUGAAACAGGGAGACUGGAGAACAAUAGAUUAUUUUGACUGGAGCCUGGAGGAAGCAAAUGUUGUCUGUGAGCGUUUGGGCUGUGGCUCUGCUGUUUCUAUACAAUGGAAAAAUGAGUCCUCAGAGAGAUCUGUGUGGAUGAUCACACCUGACUGUGUUCAGUCUGGAUCUGCUCUCAGAGAGUGUGCAACAUCAGAUUCUUCUUCAUUAACCUUGAACAUCACCUGCAGAGACUCUGUCAGGCUGCUGAAUGGUUCCAGUCUGUGUUCAGGCAGACUGGAGGUGAAGUCUAACCAGAGCUGGUCCUCAGUGUGUGAAGCUGACUUUGACCAGCAGGAUGCAGAGGUGGUCUGUAGGGAGCUUGGCUGUGGGCCUCCUUCGGUCCUCCAGGGGGCGCUCUAUGGAGAAGUGGAGGCUCCAGUGUGGAGCAGAGAGUUCCAGUGUGGAGGCCAUGAGUCUGCUCUCCUGGACUGUAGAAGCUCAGGCUCAGCUAGAAGCAGCUGCUCACCUGGCAAAGCUGUUGGACUCACCUGCUCAGAACCUCACGAUUUUAGGUUGGUGGGAGGAGUCAGCCGCUGUGAAGGCAGAAUCGAGCUGAAGCAUCUGGGAGAGUGGAGACCAAUGUAUAACUUUCGCUUGAACCUGAAAGAUGCAGCUGUUGUCUGUGAACAUCUGGGCUGUGGCUCUAAUGUUUCUGUAGAAGAGAGAAAGUUAUCAGCCAGAAAUGUGUGGGAGAUCACACCUGACUGCCCUCAGUUCAGGUUUGCCUUGAGGGAGUGUGCAACAUCAAGUUACUAUUACUACAUACUGAGUCUCACCUGCUCAGACUCUGUCAGGCUGCUGAAUGGUUCCAGUCUGUGUUCAGGCAGACUGGAGGUGAAGUCUAACCAGAGCUGGUCCUCAGUGUGUGAAGCUGACUCUGACAGGCAGGAUGCAGAGGUGGUCUGCAAGGGGAGUGGAUGCAGGUCUCCUUCAGGUCUCCAGUGGGCACCCUGUGGAGAAACAGAGCAGCAGGAUGCCUUCUGUUCAGAGCCUAAUGAUGUCAGGUUGGUGGGAGGAGCCAGUCGCUGUGCAGGUACACUGGAGCUGAAACAUCGGGGAGAGUGGAGACCAGUGUUUGGCUGUGACUGGAUCCUGGGCGACACAGCAGAUGCUGUCUGUGAGCGUCUGCACUGUGGCCCGUUUGAUUAUGGAGGAGUCAUGAAGUCCUCACACAGGUCUGUGUGGCUGAUCAGACCUGCUCAGCCUGGAUCUGCUCUGAGGGAGUGUCCAACAUCAGAACACUCACUGUUCAUCCUGAAACUCACCUGUUCAGACCUGCUGAUUCAGACAAUCAUCUCUGUGUCCUCCAUGGACGGGGUCUCUGAGGCCCAGCAGCAGGGGCUUCAGGUGUCCAGGGGCUCCAGCUUCACCAUCAGCUGCUCCAUCCAGCCACAGUACCCAGGAGGCUUCUUCCAGCUCACCUUCACCUCCUCCAAC